UUUCCCACAACGUUAAUUUUUCGAUUUUGAGAGGUUUAAUUUCGGCGAUCCUAACGGCUAUGGAAUCUCCGGCGGCGGCGGCUAAUCGGCUCGGCUCGUUCGGGCGGUCGCAUUCCGACGAGGAGGUGAUACUGGCGGCGAGCCGGCCGAAGAAGCGAGCCGGCCGGAAGAAGUUCAAGGAGACGCGCCACCCGGUCUACCGCGGCGUGCGGCGGCGGAACGCCGACAGGUGGGUUUGCGAGGUCCGGGAGCCCACGGAGCAGAAGCGGAUAUGGCUGGGGACCUACCCGACUCCAGAAAUGGCGGCGCGUGCGCACGACGUGGCGGCGCUGGCACUGAGGGGUCAGAACGCUUGCCUUAAUUUCGCCGACUCGGUGUGGCGGCUGCCGGCGCCGGCGUCGAAUGACCCCGCCGAAAUUCGUAGGGCGGCGGUGGAGGCGGCGGAGGCUUUCCGGCAGGCUGACGUGGCGGAGGCGGCGGAGGAGGCCGGCGGGAGUGCGGCGGACGGGGGGAGUUGGAAGGAUGUGUUUUAUAUGAAUGAAGAGGAGGGGACGGCGGCGGCGGCGACGGCGACGGCGGCGGCGGAGGGGGAUGUGCUGAUGUCACCGCCGCCGUGCUUUGACGGUGAGUACGGAUGCGAUGACGUGGAGAGCGAUGCUGAGGUGGAGCUAUGGAGUUACUCAUUUUGACAAGAAGAGAAUCGACAAGAAUUUAAUAGUAGUAUUUUGCUAAUAUUUUACCACUUUUUGUGUUAAGGUUUUCUUUUUUUGUCAUUAUAUUAUAGUAUUUUAAUUUAAUAUAAUGAUGUCGAUGUAAAUAAGAAUAGAUUCAAAAGUA